UUGCGGUCACGCUGGUUCGCGAAUCCAAACUUGUAGGAAAAUUUACGCUAGUUGAGAGAUUGUAUAUUAAAACUAUUACACUUAUUUCAAAAACGUAUUUUAAAUUAAUAGUGUAUAACUGCAGCUGCAAGUAUCCUUGCCUAGAAAUGUCAGAAAGUCAAGCGCCAACUGUCUCCAAGUCCAGUUUAAACGAUUUGCGACAAUUUCGCAUAAAUAAGAAUGCAGCAGCUGCCUCAGCAAGCCCGGGGAGAACUGAACGUGUGCCUGGCAAGAAGCGUAUCCAGGUGAUGGCUGACAGUGACAGCGACAGCGCUGACUGUCAAACGCCCAAAAAGAUCAAAAUGCAAUUAACGGUGAAGGAAAAAGAAGAGCGUUACAUGGCGGCAGCAAAAAUAAUGCCACAUUAUGAUACAAUGGCCAUACAGGAUGCGUUGUCGCGAACAAAUUGGGAUGUGGCGGCUUCCAUACGCUACCUGAAGGAGCACUGCAAGCCGAAGGCAAAUGGACCAGUGGAUAAGCCAAAGCUAAAGCACGGCACGUCGAAUGGUAGCAGUAGCAAAGCUUCGCAUGGGAGCAAAUCCAAUAGCAACAAUUAUUCGGACUACGAAAACUCGGAUGAUGAUGAUGUCAAACAGUCGAAGGAUCAAGUAUACGACAGCGAUGACAGUGACACUGAAAUGGCCACCAAAAUGACCGGACAGCGGAAGAAAGUGUUUCAGUUUAUGAACAGUGCGACAAUUGUCGAGCUGCAAUCGGUAAAAACGCUGUCCGAGAAGAAAGCCACAGCAUUGAUUGAGCUGCGACCGUUCAAGGAUUGGGCGGAUAUACGCCAGAAACUGGAGGCUAACAAACUGUCGGCGGAUCUACUUAACUAUGCGCAGGAUUUGAUUAAUAAACAGAACACAGUGGCGACCAUUUUAAGCAAAUGCAAUGGCAUGGUCACUCGUUUAGAGGCGGCCAUAGCAAGUGGCUCUAGCAUUGUGGAGCAGCCAAAGAUUCUCACAUCCAGCAUGCAGUUGGCUGAUUAUCAACUGAUUGGCCUCAAUUGGCUGACUGUGAUGCACAAGCAGGAGAUGAAUGGCAUUCUGGCCGAUGAAAUGGGUCUGGGCAAAACCAUACAAAUCAUUGCAUUUCUUGCCUAUCUAAAGGAAAAUGGCUUAAGCAAGGGCGCUCACUUGAUCGUUGUCCCUUCGUCCACACUAGACAACUGGGAGGCUGAGAUGACCAAGUGGUGUCCCAGCUUGGUUGUUGAAAAGUAUCAUGGAUCGCAAGAUGAGAGGCGGAGAAUGCGCGUGCGUUUCGCCAAGGAUGGCUUCACUGGCUUUGAUGUGCUGCUUACCACCUAUCACAUUGUUGGCUCCACGCCCGAGGAACGAAAAAUGUUUCGCGUUUGCAAGCUGCACUAUGUCAUAUUUGAUGAAGCGCAUAUGCUGAAGAACAUGACAACGCAACGUUACAUCAAUCUGAUCAACAUCAAUGCAGAGAUGCGCAUACUUUUAACUGGCACGCCACUGCAGAACAAUCUGCUCGAGUUGAUCUCCUUGCUGUGCUUUGUGAUGCCCAAGUUCUUUGCCAAGAGCAUUGAAGACAUUAAAUCCUUGUUUGUCAAGAAAAACAAAACUGAUGGCGAUCAGGAGGAGUUGUCACAGUUCCAGGAGACGCAGGUUCAGCGUGCCAAGCGCAUUAUGAAACCAUUUGUGUUGCGACGACUGAAGAACGAUGUGCUUAACAAUUUACCCAAAAAACAUAGUUAUGUGGAAAAAGUUCCGAUGAGCGCGUCACAGAAACAACAUUAUAAGGACCUCGUUGAGUACUAUUCGAAUAACAAGGGUGAGGUGUGCAGCAGCAGCGAUCGCGCUGGCGUCACCAUUAUGAUGGAAAUGCGUCGCAUGGCCAAUCAUCCGCUGCUAAUGCGUCACUAUUUCACGGAUGAACAGCUGCGUGGAUUCUCUAAGCGGCUGGCACGUUCCACUUUGUACAAGAAGACAAAUGAACAGUACAUCUUCGAGGAGUUGGCUGUCAUGUCUGAUUUCCAAGUGUAUCAAUUGUGCAACAAAUACGAAUUGUACGAUGUUAAGAUACCGGCCAAUUUGAUAUGCGAUUCGGGUAAAUUUCAAUAUCUGGAUACGUUGCUGCCCAAGCUGAAGGAAGAGGGACAUCGUGUGCUGCUCUUCAGUCAGUUCACCAUGAUGCUGGACGUUGUGGAAGAGUAUCUGAGGAUACGAAAUUGGGGUUUCUGUCGUUUGGAUGGCGCCACAGCUGUAAAGGAACGUCAGGAUUUGAUCACCGAUUUUAACGAUGAUGACGAAAUCUUUGUGUUUCUCUUGUCGACAAAAGCCGGCGGGGUUGGCAUCAAUUUGACAGCAGCCGACACCUGUGUGAUACACGACAUCGACUUUAACCCGUACAACGAUAAGCAGGCUGAGGAUCGUUGUCAUCGCAUGGGACAGAAACGUCCUGUGUCCAUCUAUCGCCUGAUCUCGGAGAGCACCAUUGAGGAGGGCAUUCUGAUGGCGGCCGAAGAGAAGCUAAAACUGGAGAAAGACAUAACGUCGAAUGAGAAGGGAGGCGAAGUCCAUGAGCAGCGUUGUGUGGUCAAGCUGCUGACCAUGGCAUUGGGCCUGGACAAGGAUGAGGAGGAGCGAUUAAAUCAUUCAUUGAACAGCUCCAUAGGCACGCCCACUAAGUAGUCGAUUUAUUAUGCGAGCCGAAUACGGCGACUCACUUUCCAUUUUUUGGUAUGUUAAGUAAUGCUGUUUAUUUUUUAAUUACAAUUAUUUAGCGAGCUCCGAGUUGUGGCUCGAUAUCAUUUUGUAUCUGUAUAUUUAUAAGAAUCAAUAUUGUAUUUAAAUUAUAUACUAUCAAAUUAAAUUAUACACAAGUAAGCACAAUUUGAGAAGUUAAUCAAAGGAAUUGACCACUUUAAGGAAGGUAAAAUCAAUUAUUUCAUAAUUUUAGAUAACUAACAGAAUAGUUGAUUAAUGCGUCAUACGAAUAUAAACUCCUAUCCUUAUCUUUAAAGUCUGUUAGGGAAAACUUUGAAGUAAAUUUAACAAAACAAUUAAAUAAGUUAGCGGUUUCAUCAUAAGUCGAAUAAUCUACCUUUUAUUAAUCAUAGGAUGAACUCUGUUAGUGCAUUCAAAAUUAUUUUACAACAAGUUUGUUUUUGCAAUCUUAAUUGACUUGCUUUAAUAAUGCUAAUAGCUUAACAAAAGCCAUUCUCUAUGUCAAUUAAAUUCUUAAUGCACUUUAACUGAAGUAUUUUGAAUCAUCAGCUGCAACGACGCACUUGACAACCCUUGAAUGAGUAUUUUUAUUCUCUUUUGGUAUAAAAUACUCUCUCUUACUCUUUCGCUCUCUCGCAUGUGAGAUCAUAUGUUGGGCUGGGCGACGCUCGCUGAAGCUUUUCCCUGUGGCGGCGAUUCAUCAAGUUUUCAGUCUUUAACUGAUCGCUCGCGCCGAUGAUUUAAUUUUUAAGUUUAAACGCAGACACAAAAAGAAGCCACCGAGUGUAGCAACUAAACGAUACUCACAUUACCCACACCAUAAAAAAAAUAUAUCGCGAUACAUAAAUAAAAUAAAAUACUUGCAGAUGUGCGAAUGUCUUUUGAAACUUUGCAACCAAUUUGAAUAACGAACACAACAAUAAUCAAUCGAAGUGAAUUUUUUGUAUGAUUAAUUGCAACGAAAAAUUUGUAGGAAAACAAAACAGCGCGUGCGGCAACGAAGCAAAAACAUAAAAAUAAAUUAAUAUCUAUGCUUAUUAUACUACAUGUCUCUGCAUAUGUGCGAGUGUGUGUGUGUGUGUGCGUGAGUAAUAACUGAGAGAACUAGCGAGCGAUCUAACAACGAAAAAGCAAACGAAAAGAAAAAAUUACGCGAACAAACCACAACUAUAAAAAUAACAAAAAAAAACACAACGAGAGUGCGCAGCCGAAUAAUAAGCGCAAAGCAACAAACCAAAAAUAGACAACGCCAAGCGGAAAAAGAAUCAGCAGCAGAAGCAGCAGCUAAUGCAACUGCAGCCGACGUCAGCGUCAACGCGUAUGUGCCAAGCAUAAUUAAACGAGACACGACGCAGCGUAUUCUAGUAUAAAGUAAAUGAUUAUACACACACAUAUGCAAUCAUAUCUCUAUACGAAUCACAACAACACAAACAACUACAACGACCCAGAGGAAGACAAUCAACGAAGACGACGACAACAACAACUACAAUAACAACAAGCAAAAGCAAGCAAGCGAAUAUCCAUAACGACGAUUCUUUAAUCUCUGCCGAACUAGACAGAGAGUCCGAAGGAGACAGAGCGCAAUUAGCAGGCAAGCAAAGCAAAGCAAGAGAGUGCGAAUAGCAACGAAAACUCCCUGAAUAAAAAUUAUAAGAAACUACUAAACUAUUAUUGGAUUGACAUAUUAUUUGCAUUAAAAGACCACGCUAAUACCGAUUAAACGGAGGAUUACAAUUUGUCUUGCAACAAAAUAAAGGAAACGAGAUUACGAAAAAAAAAGAACUAAACUUAGUUAAUUGUAUUAAAAAAGAAAAAUCAAAAACAAAACAAAUGAAAAAACAAGAAUUGUGAUAUGUACAACUUUACUCAAAUAUUGAAAAAACAUAUAUAGAGCUUAUAUUCUGAACUAAACGGAACAUAAGUCGAAAAAGCAA